AUGUCGGCAAUAGAUUUUUCAUUUUUGGACCUUUUAUCUUUUGCUGAAUCGCCAAAUCGAGAGGUCCUGGUUUCUUUGUGUCAUGUUCUUGAGAACUAUGAAGAUUUAGAUAUUAAAUUCUUUUAUACUCUUUUGGUAGCGUCUUCCAAAAAUAUUUUGCCAGAUGAGAAUUUUUUAGAAGUUAUAUCACGCAAUAGUCAAUGGUACAUCAGUGCAAGAGAUGAUAUCAUUAAAUAUUUGCAGGAAAAUAUCGCAAAAAUGCACUAUAAAGAAAGUGAUAUCGCUUUGAAAGUUUUUAAGGAAUGUCUUCAGGAUGUCAAUGACUGUAGUCCAACUAUUCUUGAUUCUAUAACUAAAAUGGCUGCGGAUAAUAAUUCAAAUCAAAUUUGUUUGGAGAUUUUAAUUUCUCUUAUUAGAUCGGUUAGAAAAGUCGAUGAAAUUGUUGGAUUAAGUGAUGCAAUAGAAAAUAUUGUUCCUUUUGCUGAAGAAAUGCUUCAAAGCCCAGAAUUAAGUGUUUCUGAGACGGCAACCCAAUUUUUUGCUUUAAUCAAUGCUAAUUCUUCUCAGUCGCCUUAG